AUGCAGUACACGUUGAGAGAAUUUUACAGAGAUAUUUCCUAUGGCCCUUUUAUGAAGCUCGAAAGAGAGAUUCAAGAACUUUCUGUUUGCUGCCUAUAUUACUUCUCCUUCAUGGACCCAUCUCUGCUUCAGUCGGUAGCUGGAUCACAUGAUCUGGAUCCAUCUCUCUUAUUUCGCUUCUUGGAAGUUCUGAAUUGUGCUUAUAGAGCUGGACAUAUCCAGAUUACUGACUAUAUUAGUUUUCUCAUAACAUUACUGUCACGAUAUCAGGUGUCUUCUGAAAGCGGUUCACUCGAUGUGGAGAUUUGUGUGAAGUCAAACUCUGAAUUGUUUAGGUCUUUCACUAGGGCUGUUUGCUCUUGUCUGCAUCAGAUUGGAGAUGAUCAUCUUGUUUUUAAGAUGCUAGAGGGAGCAGUUGUUGACCAGAUUUCAAAUAAGCCACCCUUGGACAACACCUGUGCGUUGCUUAGAAUGAUCACCACACUUGAUUCAAAUCCCACUAAACUUUGUGAACAGAGCAUCUUGAAACUAGGGAGCGUCCUUACAGGGUACAUGAUUGACGUUGUUUCUAGUCUUGGAAAAAAAGAUUGUGGGUUAAGCAACGACAUUCAUACCAGCAGAAGCCGUUACUAUAUUUUGCCUUGUUUUCGUUUGUUCUAUAGGAGUGAAAAGAUUUUAAAUCAUGUGUUGAAUGUGAUGUCAUCUUUCAUCCUGGGAAAUGAUUUCCCGACUUUUGACGGUCAAAAUGGCCAUGUUGUUAUGAUUGACCAUUUAAACAGGAUAACUGCAGUUGUUGGCAUCCUUUUGCUAAUGAAUGAGGAUGCUAAAGUUUGGCAAAUGUUACAGUGUUACAAGAAAGAGACCGACAGCAUACUGCAAAAUAUACUCACAGUAAUGUCUGAUGGAGACAACUUGAGGAUCGAAGAGAAGCACAGAGUACAAUGUUCAUAUGAUCGAUUAAAGAGACUCUGUACUCUGUAG